AUUCUGAAAAUAUUACUGAAUCUGAAGAUUUUAUUGAAUUCAAAGAUAUUAUAGAUUCUGAUACUUUGGAUUUGGAUAAGGAUUUUAUAUCUCUACCUAAAAAUUUUAGCACUCAUUGGACAGGCUUUUUGCAAGUUACUGAAGUUCCUACUCACAAAGCAGUUUUAGUAACUGAUUAUUUUGAUAAAGCUAUUUUAUCAUCGGAAAAAACUAAUGAAUUACAUACUUUGUUGUUACAAGCAUUAGUAUAUAGCAAUAUUCCAUUUACUUUUGCUGAAAAUCCAUUUUUUAUUUUAUUUUUAAAGUCCUUAUGA